UCAAAGGCAUUCUCAAGUGUCUUCCCCUUCUCUUUCUAAUCAGUGCUUCUUCAUGGCAAAGGUUUAUCCUGAGAGUGAGACCAUAAUUCCAGUUGUAAACACUAAGAAUCCUAUCGUCUUGACGGUGUGGAAGAAGUCUUUGAUCUUCAGUUGUGACGGGUUUACAGUGUACAACUCCAAUGGAAAUCUUGCAUUUCGAGUAGACAACUAUUUCGUGAAAGGAAACCGGGAGAUUGUUCUCAUGGAUGCGUUAGGUUGCAGUCUCCACACCGUUAGGCGCAAGAUGUUAAGCCUAGCAGACAAUUUUCUUGUCUAUGAUGGUGAAAGUGUAAAUCCCCGAUUUUCAGUGACCAAACAUGUGAAUAUCUUAAACACCAAGUCACUAGCAUAUGUGAGCACAGUAGGAUCAUCAAAGAACAGGAACAAAAGAAAUGUGAUCUAUGAGAUCCAAGGAUCAUAUGCUCAAAAGUCCUGCAUGGUGUAUGAUGACAAGAACCAGUGUGUUGCUGAAAUUAGGAGGAAAGAAGCCAAAGGAGGGGUGGCACUUGGGGGAGAUGUUUUUGCUUUGGUGGUACAACCAUCUAUCGAUCCUGCCAUUGCUAUGGUCCUCGUCAUUGUCCUCGAUCAAAUGUUUAAUUCUUCUAGGCGCUUCUCUAAAUAGAUUGAUUUGGGUGCAA